GAGGGAACGGGGCCAGACCCAGCCCGACAGCGGGAAUAGAGCCCUCCAGAAUAGGAGUCUUAUAGCCCCUGAGGUGGAAUGGUGAUGGCUGCUUGAGGGAAUCUCCUCUCAUUCAUCCUGUCAUGUAUAUCAUGCUGCUGGUGAUUGGGCCAUUCAUCUAAGAUGGGAUUUACCCUGUGAAACAGGGAGAAGACUUAUGGACCCCAAACAUUUCAAGUUGUAAUUGAGUUUUUCAAAGUACAGACACACAUGCAAAGCUCUUUUGCUUUGGACCCUCUGCUUUAUUGAAGCUGCUGUGUUGCUAACCCAGAACUGUUCCAGUCUAUUGACCCAUCAUCAUGGCUUCAGUUUGGAAGAGACUGCAGCGUGUUGGAAAACAUGCAUCCAAGUUCCAGUUUGUGGCCUCCUACCAGGAGCUGAUGGUUGAGUGUACAAAGAAAUGGCAACCAGAUAAACUGGUGGUAGUUUGGACAAGAAGAAGUAGAAGGAAGUCUUCUAAGGCUCAUAGCUGGCAACCUGGAAUAAAGAAUCCAUACCGUGGUGUUGUUGUAUGGCCUGUUCCUGAAAACAUUGAAAUCACUGUAACACUUUUUAAGGAUCCUCAUGCAGAGGAAUUUGAAGACAAAGAGUGGACAUUUGUCAUAGAAAAUGAAUCCCCUUCUGGUAGAAGGAAAGCUCUUGCUACUAGCAGCAUCAAUAUGAAACAGUAUGCAAGCCCUAUGCCAACUCAGACAGAUGUCAAGUUAAAAUUCAAGCCAUUGUCUAAAAAAGUUGUAUCUGCCACUCUCCAGUUUUCAUUAUCUUGCAUUUUCCUUCGGGAAGGAAAAGCCACUGAUGAAGACAUGCAAAGUUUGGCUAGUUUGAUGAGUAUGAAGCAAGCUGACAUUGGCAAUUUGGAUGACUUUGAAGAAGAUAAUGAAGAUGAUGAUGAGAACCGAGUGAACCAAGAAGAAAAGGCAGCAAAAAUUACAGAGCUUAUCAACAAACUUAACUUUUUGGAUGAAGCAGAAAAGGACCUGGUGACUGUGAAUUCAAAUCCAUUUGAUGAUCCCGAUGUAGUAGAUUUAAAUCCAUUUGGAGAUCCUAACUCAGAAGAACCAGUUACUGAAACAGCUUCACCUAAAAAAACAGAAGAAUCUUUUCAUAAUAACAGUUAUAAUCCCUUUAAAGAUGUACAGACUCCACAAUAUUUGAACCCAUUUGAUGAGCCAGAAACUUUUGUAACUAUAAAGGAUUCUCCUCCCCCGUCUACAAAACGAAAAAAUAUAAGACCUGUGGACAUGAGCAAGUACCUCUAUGCUGAUAGUUCUAAAACUGAAGAAGAAUUGGAUGAAUCAAAUCCUUUUUAUGAGCCUAAACCAACUUCUCCAAAUAAUUUGGUAAAUCCAUUUCAAGAACUGGAAACUGAAAGAAGAGUGAAACGAAGGGCCCCACCUCCACCAGUUCUCUCACCAAAGACAGGAGGAGUAAAUGAAAACACAGUUGUUUCUGCAGGAAGAGAUCUCUCUACUUCUCCUAAGCCAAGUCCUAUACCAAGUCCUAUUUUGGGGCGAAAGCCAAAUGCUAGUCAGUCAUUGCUUGUAUGGUGCAAAGAAGUUACGAAAAACUACCGAGGAGUGAAAAUCACCAAUUUUACUACAUCAUGGAGAAAUGGUUUAUCUUUUUGUGCUAUAUUACACCACUUUAGACCAGACUUAAUUGACUACAAGUCUCUGAAUCCUCAAGAUAUUAAAGAGAACAACAAAAAGGCUUAUGAUGGAUUUGCCAGCAUAGGAAUUUCCCGGUUAUUGGAACCUUCUGAUAUGGUUUUAUUAGCAAUUCCUGACAAACUGACUGUUAUGACUUAUCUUUAUCAAAUAAGGGCACAUUUCAGUGGCCAAGAAUUAAAUGUUGUUCAGAUAGAGGAAAACAGCAGUAAAAGCACAUAUAAAGUUGGAAACUAUGAAACAGAUACAAACAGUUCUAUUGAUCAAGAAAAAUUCUAUGCAGAGCUGAGUGAUCUGAAGCAGGAGCCUGAUCUUCGACAUCCUACCAGUGGAGCAGUAGACUUCUUAUCACAGGAUGACUCUGUAUUUGUAAAUGAUAGUGGGGUUGGAGAAUCAGAAAGUGAGCAUCAGACUCCUGAUGAUCACCUUAGUCCAAGCACAGUCUCCCCUUACUGUCGCCGGACUAAAAGUGACACAGAACCCCAAAAGUCCCAGCAGAGCUCUGGAAGGACUUCAGGAUCUGAUGACCCUGGAAUAUGUUCCAAUACAGAUCCAACCCAAGCACAGGUUUUGUUAGGCAAGAAGAGACUAUUAAAAGCUGAGACUUUAGAAUUAACUGACCUAUAUGUUGGUGAUAAAAAGAAGGAUGUGACUCCACCCUUUAUUUGUGAUGAGAUAGACCACCAAAAACUUCAGACUCAAGACGUCAGUAGUAACAUGGAGCAAGAAACAUUAGAGAAUUCUAAAAACUUAGAAUGCAGAACAGAUGCUGAAUCACCUAUCAAAAAACCAAGUUUAUCUCCUACUUCCAAACUUGGAUACUCAUACAACAGAGAUGCAGACCUUGCAAAGAAAAAACGUACUUCCAUGAGGCAGACAGAGUCUGAUCCAGAUGUUGAUAGAACCACUUUAAAUCAUGCAGAUCAUUCUGCUAAAACAGUCCAGCAUCGAAUGUUAUCCAGACAAGAAGAACUUAAAGAAAGAGCAAGAGUUCUUCUUGAACAAGCAAGAAGAGAUGCAGCUUUAAAGGCAGGGAAUAAGCAGAAUUCCAGCACAGCCACACCACUCUGCAACAGGCAGCUAAAUGAUCAGCAAGAUGAAGAGCGACGUCGGCAGCUGAGAGAGAGAGCUCGUCAGCUAAUAGCAGAAGCUCGAUCUGGAGUGAAGAUGUCAGAACUUCCUAGCUAUGGUGAAAUGGCUGCAGAAAAGUUGAAAGAAAGGUCAAAGGCAUCUGGAGAACAAAAUAGUAAGUUGGUGGACUUGAAGCUGAAGAAGCUCCUAGAAGCUCAACCACAGGUGGCAAAUUCAUUCUCCAAUGCUGCCCAGAAAGCUGGAACUGAGAGCUCAGAACAAGAAAUUAAGAAUGGCACAGAAGAUCUCCGGACUGAGCGAUUACAAAAAGCAACAGAACGUUUUAAAAAUCCUGUUUUGUUCAAUAAGGAUUCUACAGUCAGAAAAACUCAGCUUCAGUCUUUCAGUCAAUAUGUUGAGAAUAGACCAGAGAUGAAAAGGCAGAGAUCAAUACAGGAAGAUACAAAGAAAGGAAAUGAGGAGAAGGCAGCGAUAACUGAAACUCAGAGGAAGCCAUCAGAAGAUGAAGUGCUUAAUAAAGGGUUCAAAGACACCAGUCAGUAUGUUGUAGGAGAAUUGGCAGCACUAGAGAAUGAGCAAAAGCAAAUUGACACCCGUGCCGCGCUGGUGGAGAAGCGCCUUCGCUAUCUCAUGGACACAGCAAAGAACACAGAAGAAGAAGAAGCUAUGAUGCAAGAAUGGUUUAUGUUAGUUAAUAAGAAAAAUGCCUUAAUAAGAAGAAUGAACCAGCUUUCUCUACUGGAAAAAGAACAUGAUUUGGAACGGCGGUAUGAACUGCUGAACCGGGAAUUGCGGGCAAUGCUAGCUAUUGAAGACUGGCAGAAGACCGAGGCCCAGAAGCGACGUGAGCAGCUCCUGUUGGAUGAGCUGGUGGCCCUGGUGAACAAGCGUGACGCGCUUGUCAGGGAUCUGGACGCGCAGGAGAAGCAGGCCGAAGAAGAAGACGAGCAUUUGGAGCGAACUCUGGAGCAAAACAAAGGCAAGAUGGCCAAGAAAGAGGAGAAAUGUGUUCUUCAGUAGCCGUCAGACUAGAAUCUCCCAACAUUUUACUCUUGGGUCCCCAGGCCAGAAACAGUCGAACUCGUUGAUUUAAAACUUUUAACGUUUUGUUUGGCUGAAUUAUACUUCUGUACCACCACCACCACCCAUUUUCCGCCAUCCUAUCCAGAUGAUAUACAGAACUCUAAAACAGCCCUGUUUUAGAGUUUUAGGAUUGUGUGUGUGUGUGUGUGUGUGUGUGUGUGUGUGUGUGUGAGUGAGCUAGUCAUGUUUUUGAAAUCAUGUGAAAUAGAUUUGCAGACACCUUGUGAGUGAUUGGUAUUGGAGAUGUUCAAGAAACAGUUCAAAAAAAAAGAAAAAUGCUUCCCUCAUUGUUUUCCCUUAUUCUUUUGAUGGGAGAAAAAAUUUGAAACCUUGUUGUUGUUGUUGUUAUUGUUGUUAUUGUUGGUGGUAAUAGCAUAAUGACAGUGGGAGGGGGGUAACUGGGGGAUAAGAAAAAUGUCAUGAAUGAUUUUUUCCAGUCCUACCAUAUGUACCACUUACUCUGUUACCUAAAUUUCAUAGUUAGAUCAUAUUCAAUAUACUUAUAAAACUGUUCUAUUACCAGUGGGAUUUUCUGCAGUUGUUUUGCAUUUCACUGUAAGUAUAAUAGAGUUCUCUGCCUUCCUCGGAGGAUGACCCUCUAUGGGAGCCUGAGACAAGUCCUGUGGUUUGAAGGUGAGCUGUAGGAUGGGACUCAUUGAUAUGCAGCAGUUUACAAAGACAAUUUUAUCUUCUGAGAAUGCGCCACCUUUUUCUCUGGAAAAUUAUUUAUUACAUCUUGCUUGGUUUCUACAUUUAAUUGGGUCCAGACAUUGGGUCAAGAAUGCUGUUAAUAUUUAUUCUGUAUUGAUAAAAGUCUGUCUUGCCAGUACAAGUAAAUCCCCCAUUAAUAUUUUCUUCUCUAGCAUAAUAGUACUGUCAUUUUGUGAAAAUGGUUAUGUUUAUUUAUUACAAUACUGAGUCAUAUAUAAAUUUUCAAUAAAAGCAGAAACUUUCUUACCUUAAA